AUGCAGAAGAUACCCAGCGACCUCGAGCAAUUCAAGAAAGUUGCCGAGGCGGUUGUAGAACAAGAUAGCGACAGGGCAGGGAGAUGUCCUUCUCCAAUUCCUAAGACUGAAUGGCGACAUGAAUGCACCUGUGAUAGAGGAUCUUCGAAUAUUUGUUGCAGGCCGUCCUCCUCGCCCGCACUUCCCAAUAUCCUGCACAGAAACAUGACCUCUCUUGGUCAUCUCGAGCUUGUCGAUAUCCCUAUCUCUGCAGAGCUUUCUCUUUUGCCUCGCCUAACGUACCUUAAGCUUUGGGCCGCCGCCACUGCUUCGUUACUGCUUGUCUCUAAACAACACUCUUCGAAAUUGGAAGAACUUGAUGUUUCUGGCGUUGUCAAGGACGAGUCACCUAUACUACGUGUCGAGCUCCCCAAUCUCUCGCGUAUAUCCAUUGUGUCCAGAGACCUUGGUGCCUCCGCCAUUUUCGCGAAGAUUAACUAUCCGUUCAGUGCGAGAGUGCAUUUCAACCAUUCGCAUCACCUCCCAGCCGAACCAGACUUCUCCCAUCUUGCCAAAUUGUGUGCGUGGUUGGCCGACCCAGGUGGGCUCGCGAUCAGCAAAGCCAUAAUACGCAGCGGGAGCCGACGCAGUGGCACUAUCCCACCCUUUGUUGAAAGCUUGUGCUUUAAUUACCUUUCCUUCGAACUCGACAUCGAACCUCAUUACCAAUACCCUGCUUGGUGCUGUGCUUCGAGCUCUCCUUUGAUACCUGAACUCAUGAAGGCGUCUAACGAUUCGCCCCCUUUGCCCGAACUGAGGACCGUUUACCUGUGGGCUUGCAAUCUACAUCCGAAUCACGACGGUAGAGACACAACCGUGUUCAACGCCCUGGGUGCUCUCCUCAAAGAACGCAAACACAUCAUGAUACCGGUUGGUCAUAUGGCGAUACGGAUGUGCUCCAAGAGCUUACACAAGUUGAAUGAGAAGAUGUCGGGUUUCGAUAAAGACGGUGGUCGGACGAGGAGGAAGCAAAUUCGGCUUGGUAUAUGA